GGUACCGGAUGUUUGUAGCCUUCCCCUCAAGCACUGAUGACGCAGCCUUCAGCGAUUGGUCAUUCCUGGUCGCGAGCCCCGCUGGCAGGGGACACGUAAUAAGCGCUGCCCUCUGAUUGGCCGCAGCGCGGAAAGGUUGUGAGGGGAGAGAACAUGGCAGCCGAGCCGACUAAAGCCGAGAUUCAGGCCGUGUUCAAGCGGCUCCGGGCUGCGCCUACUAACAAGUCGUGCUUCGACUGCGGCGCUAAGAAUCCCAGCUGGGCCAGUAUCUCUUAUGGAGUCUUCCUCUGCAUUGACUGCUCCGGAAUCCACCGCUCUUUGGGGGUUCAUCUCAGUUUCAUCAGAUCGACUGAGCUGGACUCUAACUGGAGCUGGUUCCAGCUGAGAUGCAUGCAAGUGGGAGGAAAUGCCAGCGCGAAUGCGUUUUUCAAUCAGCAUGGCAGCUCCACCAACGACACCAAUGCAAAGUACAACAGCCGCAGCGCUCACACGUAUCGGGAGAAGAUCAGACAUUUGGCAAAUGCUGCCAUGUCUAAGCACAGUGCUGAUCUCUGGGUCGAUGGGAUGAACUGUGCUCUUGUGCAGCCAGCAGAGAAGAAAGAAUCGGACUUUUUUUCAGAGAUGACCCAGCCUUCCAGCUCCUGGGAGGCAACUCCAGCAUCAGAACCCAAAAUAACCACUGAAACAAUGUCUAUAAGUGCGCCAGAAACUGCUGAUUCUACAAAUGCUGAGAGCGGCCCCAGCGUCGACAUUCUAAGCUCAUCUCCAAAAGCUGCCGUGGACCGGGCCAUGUGCCUUUCAGUUGAGGAGCCGACGUUGAGCUCAGAAGUGAAGCCAUCUCUUAUUGGGAAGAAGAAAGCCAACACUGCUAAGAAGGGGCUGGGGGCUAAGAAGGGCCUAGGUGCUCAGAAGGUGAGUAGUCAGAGCUUCAGCGAGAUCGAGCGUCGUGCUCAGGUGGCAGAGAAGUUAAGAGAGCAGCAGGCAGUCGAGCUAAAGAAAGAAGCUGAAGAAUCAAUUGUUUCCUCUAUGAGGCUGGCGUAUCAGGAACUUCAAAUUGACAGGAAGCAGGAAGACAAGAAGCUGCAGAAUUUGGAAGGAAAGAAGCGAGAGCAAGCUGAGAGACUUGGCAUGGGUUUAGCUGCACGCAGUUCUAUCUCACACUCUGUGCUGUCGGAGAUGCAUGUCAUUGAGCAAGAGACGCCAGUGGCUAACAAGUCCUCACGCUCCCAACUUGACCUUCUGGAGGAUUCCAGUUUCACCUCGGGGCCCCCAAAGUAUAAGGACAACCCGUUUUCUCUUGGAGAAGGUUUUAGCUCACGGUGGGAGACUGAAAACUCUUCUUGGGGUUCUGCAGACAAGACAGAGGAAGAACGAGAGGUGACGAUCUCCAGUAUCCAGCCAGCAAGGGACCGGCCUGCCAACCGAAGGAAACCAGAGAGCCCCCCAGGUCCAGAAUCCAACGAAGCGAGGAUGAAGUUCGCCAGCGCCAAAGCCAUUUCCUCAGACAUGUUUUUUGGAAGAGAAAACGAUGCAGAAUACGAAGCCAGAUCACGUCUGCAGCAGCUCUCAUCUAGCAACUCUAUUAGUUCAGCCGACCUCUUCGGAGACCCAAACUCUGUAAACAUGUCAGGUGGCGGCUCCCUCGGUAACGUGUUGCCUGCAACGGACAUAACCCACUUCAAGCAGGGAGUCAAAUCCGUGGCUGGCAAGAUGGCAGUUCUGGCUAACGGAGUGAUGAAUUCGCUGCAGGAUCGCUACAGCUCCUAUUAAACAAAACGAUUACGAGCCUGGAUCUGAAGCAUUUACCCCGAUGCAUUCAUCUAAUGGGAGAGGGUGAGAGAGAAAAACAAGGCGCAUCCCCUGAUUGAACAGACCUCGUUCUUUGUAGACCGUGACCACGUCAGUAUUGUUUUACCGUAUCAAACUCACCCCUUCCACAGAGUGUCUGCUGUUGCUUAAAUCUCACUGGCUGCCCCUCGCCUCAAGCAAUGGGCAGUUGCUGCUUCCUCCUUCUGCAGGAGACACUGAGGGACAUUGUUUAUUUUAAUUUAAUGUGUCUUUGUGUGAAAUGAGUCUAUGGCCGUCUCCUCUGGGCUUCCAGCAGGGAGCGUGUCUCUGUAGCAUGUCGUGUGGUUUUUUUUUUUAGAAGGGUUGGAAGAAGAAAAUGGACAAAGGAUCUUGUUCUGUAGCGACAUUUGGUUAUUUUAAUUCAGAUAUUCAGUGACCUCCGUGUAAAGUCGCAGGCCUCGGAGAUGCACAAUUUGCCCGGUUUUCUUAAUCACCGCGGAAUUAUUGUGGGACUUUUUUUUUGUUGUUGUUAUUUUAAUGGAUUUUAUCACAAUCGAUUCCAUCUUGUUACCCAGAAGCUUUGCAGUCACUGGGUUGGAUGGAGAGAUUUUAUACAUAAGGGCUGCAUGAGUAUUUAUUUUUGUUGCUGUCUCUUGGCCAUUGGCAGAUCCCCUCCCCCCCUUCCUUACUUACAAGUGCCAGAUUGGCAAUCACAUUGCCCUGAACCACAAGUUUGUCUGUGGCACAUCCGUAUAGAGAUGAUAUAAACAAGAUCCUGAGCUGUAAAUGCUGUUAAUGUUCAUUGACCAUUCAGUGUAUCUACAUGAGUUGUAGGCAAUGUACAACAUGGCAUCAGCUUUGCAGGACUGCGUCUACCAGCUUUGGAGCUCGUCUUGCUCUUUUAAAGCAGCGCUGGGCAGCUUUUUACAUGUGGUUGGCCAGUUAAAGGCCACAUAGGGCUUCAUCUAGACAGUCCUGCCCUUACAGACCCUUUUAAUGAGUGUGCAUGGAAUCGUUUCUUAAAAUGUGCAUGAGAAAUGUCCCUUUACCUCUUGGCCACGGCCAAACUGAAAAGGUUUAUUUUUUUUGCGGGUGUCAAAUUCUAUACGGCGUCUCCUCGUUUUACUGAUAUCUAAACUUCGAUUUUAAUCUUUAAAGGGACAGUAUUGUUUUUGUUUUUCUGUGGUGCUCACGUAAAGUAGCCUAGAACUAAUAAACCUCCAGUGGGGAAAAUAAUACAAAGUGCACCGCAGAACUUACCUGUUUCCAAUCACUUCUGGCAAGCUCCGCUUUAGCAUAGUGGGAGGAGCCAGUCAAGUGAUUGGCUGGAUGAUGGUUAUGGGAAAUAUUCUAGAGUCGGCUGUAAAACGUCGCUGGGUUGGCACAGCCGAUUGCAAGCAGUGUGGCAGCUUCAAGGGGGUGCGCACCUUAAUAUAUUCUUAUUUUAAUAUAUAUUUAUAGAAGUCACUUGCCUUCCAAACAAACAUUACUGAUCCUUUAACCUGUUUCGAUGCCCAUUUUUCAUGACACAAUAAAAUGAUGAUUUAACCACCUUAA